AUGGGUGUCUCACAAAUAUGGGAAUUUUUGAAGCCAUAUCUGCAAGAUUCCAGAAUUCCGUUGAGAAAGUUUGUCAUAGACUUUAAUAAAUCGCAAAAAAGAGCUCCAAGAAUCGCGAUUGACGCAUAUGGAUGGCUAUUUGAGUGUGGAUUUAUCCAAAAUAUAGAUAUAAGCGCCAGAUCUAGAUCAAGAUCAAGGAGUCCUACCCGUUCUCCGCGUGAUAGUGAUAUCGACAGUAGUCAAGAAUAUUAUGGUAGCAGAAGUUAUACAACUACAGGAAAAGCUGUGAUAAACUUCAUAUCUCGAUUAAAAGAACUACUGAGUUUAAACGUCGAAUUCUUGCUUGUAUUUGACGGAGUUAUGAAACCCUCUUUCAAAAGGAAAUUUAACCACGAACAGAACGCUACUACUUGUGAUGAUGAGAAAGAGUACUAUUCAAGCUGGGAACAGCAUGUUAAGAAUCAUGAAGUUUAUGGCAAUUGUAAAGGAUUGCUAGCGCCAUCUGACCCUGAGUUCAUCAGUCUUGUACGGAAAUUAUUAGACUUGAUGAACAUUUCAUAUGUAAUCGCAUGUGGGGAGGGAGAAGCCCAGUGUGUUUGGCUGCAAGUUUCUGGGGCUGUAGAUUUCAUUUUAAGUAACGAUUCAGAUACUCUCGUAUUUGGGGGAGAAAAAAUCCUGAAAAAUUACUCGAAAUUCUACGAUGAUUUUGGCCCAAGUUCAAUAACUUCCCACAGUCCCAGUAGACAUCAUGAUAGUAAAGAAUCUUUUGUUACUGUUAUAGAUCUACCCAAAAUUAAUAAAGUAGCAGGGAAGAAGUUUGAUCGCCUGUCUCUCUUAUUUUUCAGCGUGCUAUUAGGUGCCGAUUACAAUCGUGGAGUCAAGGGUUUGGGUAAAAACAAAUCUUUGCAGUUGGCUCAAUGCGAAGAUCCUAACUUUUCCAUGGAAUUUUAUGACAUUUUCAAAGAUUUCAAUUUAGAAGAUUUGACAUCAGAAAGUCUGAGGAAGUCUCGGUAUAGAUUGUUUCAAAAAAGAUUAUAUUUAUACUGCAAGGAUCAUUCUGUCGAGCUAUUUGGAAGAAAUUAUCCUGUUUUAUUGAAUCAAGGUUCAUUUGAAGGCUGGCCAUCAACUGUCGCAAUCAUGCACUAUUUUCACCCCAUUGUCCAACCAUAUUUUGAUGAAGAAGUUCUCAGUGAUAAAUACAUAAAUAUGGCUGGAAACGGACACUACAGAAACUUAAAUUUCAAUGAACUGAAAUAUUUUUUACAAAGUUUGAAUUUGCCUCAAAUUUCUAGCUUCGACAAGUGGUUUCAUGAUUCUAUGCACGAGAUGUUUCUAUUAAGAGAAUUUUUAUCAAUUGAUGAGUCCGAUAAUAUAGGUAAAGGUAAUAUGAGGAUUACCGAAGAAAAAAUUAUGAACAUAGAUGGUGGAAAGUUCCAAAUACCAUGUUUUAAAAUACGGUAUACAACAUUCUUGCCUAAUAUACCCAUUUCUUCUCAAUCUCCUUUGAAGCGCAGUAAUUCUCCCAGUAGAAGCAAGAGUCCCACACGACGUCAGAUGGAUAUAAUGGAACACCCAAAUAGUCUUUGGUUACCCAAAUACUUGAUACCUCAAUCGCAUCCAUUAGUAAUUCAAUAUUAUGAGACACAGCAACUUAUACAGAAAGAAAAAGAGAAGAAAGGUAAAAAAUCGAAUAAGUCUCGGCUACCACAGAAGAAUAACUUGGAUGAGUUUUUAAGAAAGCAUACUUCGCCGAUUAAAAGUAUCGGAAAGGUAGGCGAGUCGAGAAAGGAAAUCCUGGAACCUGUGAGAAAAAGGCUUUUUGUAGAUACAGACGAAGAUACUAGUCUGGAAGAAAUACCGGCUCCCACAAGACUGACCACCGUCGAUGAACACAGCGAUAAUGACGAUGAUUCGUUGAUUUUUGUAGAUGAGAUUACAAACAGCCAAAGCGUUUUAGAUAGUUCACCCGGUAAAAGAAUUCGGGAUCUUACACAGGACGAACAGGUUGACGUUUGGAAGGACGUAAUAGAAAUAUCACCAAUAAAAAAGUCAAGAACUACUAAUGCUGAGAAAAAUCCGCCUGAGUCUGGUUUAAAAUCACGCUCAAGCAUCACAAUCAAUGCUCGCCUUCAAGGUACUAAGAUGUUGCCUCCAAACUUGACUGCUCCAAGGUUAGAAAGAGAACACUCCUCUGUCCUUGACCAACUUGUCACAGACGCACAAGAUACAGUCGACCGGUUUGUAGCCUGUGACAGUGAUAGCAGUAGCACUAUUGAAUGA